CGAUUUUGUUCCAGGAUCAUGAGUAGAACAAAUAAUUCGAUCACUGUAGGAUGGAAAUAGCGGUCUGGAAUACAUGCAUGUAUAAUUAAUCAAUGGUUGCGUUUCUGACAAAUGUAUUUAUCUAUGCCACGGAACAAAUUUGACGAAAAUCAGUAUCUGUCGUUUCUCUGUGCUUCAAAUCUUUGAAGCCAUCUUCAUUUCCUUCAAAUUUGUCCAAUUUGUGCUUGAAAUAAAGUUCAUUAUCCAGUAUUUUUGUAAUUAAUUGUAUUACUUGCGUGGGAAAUAAUAAAACUCCGGUACCGUUUAUAAGCAGCUGCAUUCAUCUACCUAAUGUAAGAACAGUACCGGCAAGUACGCAGUUUAAAAGCCAGCAUGUCUUGGGUUGUGGACAACCAGCUCACGAGAUUCCAAAAGUUUUGUGUGAAUGUGAUCAAAUGUGGGCCUAUCCCGAGACACAUAGCAAUUAUUAUGGAUGGAAAUAGAAGAUAUGCCAUAAGAAAUAAAAUGGGAAAAACCGAGGGCCACACCAAAGGGUUUGAAAGGCUAGCCGAAUGUUUACUGUGGUGCAGAGAGCUGGGGGUAAAAGAAGUUACUGUGUACGCAUUCAGCAUCGAAAAUUUCAAUAGAACUAUAGAAGAGGUGGAUACUCUCAUGUCGCUGGCAAAGGAAAAAUUUGAGAGAGUAUUUGAAGAAAAAGACAAAAUCAUGAUGGAAGGAAUAAAGAUUAGAGUUAUAGGUAAUCUGUCACUAGUGCCUGAAGAUAUCAGAAUACUUUUAGCUAAAUCUGUACUUCUUACAAAAGAUAAUGAUAAAUCUAUAUUAAAUAUAGCCUUCUCUUACACUGCCAGAGAUGAAAUAGUUCACAGUAUGAAAACUGUUGUAGAAGGGUUAGAAUCUAAAAAAAUUAAACCUGCAGAUGUGGAUGCAGAUCUAAUUUCUUAUUGUAUGUAUUCAAACCAAAGUCCAGAUCCAGAUAUAUUGAUACGAACCUCUGGUGAAGUGAGACUGAGUGAUUUUCUACUCUGGCAAAUAUCACAGCAUACUCAGAUUUGUUUCACUAGUGUUCUUUGGCCUGAUUUCAGUAUAUGGCAUUUAUUAGGUUGCAUUUUCAAGUAUCAGAGGGCUUUUCCAGGUUUGAAGAAGUAUGCGGAUGAAUGUCAAAGUAAUAGAAAAAAACUCAAUGAUAGAAUUACUUCAUUUUUAGGAGAUAUUGAAAAGAAAAGAAUGGAACAAAUGGAAAUAUAUGCAAAAACAUAAAACCAUUACAGUUAUUAUUAAAGAUUUUUUGAUUGUGUAUGUAAUUUUUUUCACUUAUAUGAAUACUGCAAUGGUUAAGAGGGUAACAGUAUUUAUUGUUUAACUGUCAAGUAAUCGAAAACCAUUGAUUUUUUUAUACUCCACAUCUUUUGAACAAGGUCACUUUAAAGGGGUGACCUUGUCUCGGUUAUUUAUUCUUUGAGAACAAACCAGCCUGACAAGUAUUUUUCGAUAAUCCAAUGAAAAUUUUUAUAUCCUGAAACCAUUGUAUGUAUCAAUGUAUUGUUGAUUUUUUAAAUAUUUUUGUUUAUUAGUUCUGUAAUGUUAUUUACUACCUAUCUGCUGUGUUACAGGCAUAUGUCCAGAUUUUCCAGGGGAGUACGUACUAGUUCUAUUUUGCAUCAAGAUAAAUAUAUUAGAGAACAAAAAUAAUGAAAAAUAUUCCAAGAACACUCCUUAAAUCCCUUCUGGAUAUUUGCCUGCUAUUUUAGAAGGUUUUAAACCCAAUAAGAUUUAUAUAUUUAUAUAAUGUUCAAAGUCCAGAUGUACAAAUUCAUUAUUUACUAAUAAAAACUUUAUUGAAUUUCA